AUGAACCUCUUAGAAAAGAAAGUGGUAGGUGCUCCUGAACAAACUGGUUCAAGGCAAGGAGCUACCAGGUUUCUUUUGGCCUUCAUAUUUGCCAUUGAGGAAAUCAACAGAAACACUCACAUUUUACCUAACACAUCUCUAGGUUUUGAUCUCUAUAAUGUCAACAGCAAUCAAUGGAAUACUCUGGAGGCACCUUUCAUUUGCCUCACAGGCAUGGGAACAAUGAUUCCCAAUUACACAUGUAGAAGGCAGAAGAAGGCUGCUGCUUUACUGACAGGGAUAUCAUGGGCAACAUCUGCACAUAUUGGGAGACUUCUGAAUCUCUACAAAUAUCCACAGGUUACUUUUGGCCAAUUUGACACUAUCCUGAGUGACAGAAGACAGUUCUCUUCUCUCUACCAGACAGCAUCCAAGGAAACAUCUCUGUCACAUGUCAUUGUCCUUUUGAUGCUUCAUUUCAGCAGGACAUGGGUGGGGCUGGUUCUUGUAGAUGAUCAUAAUGGUGCUGAAGUUCUCUCAGACUUGAGAAAAGAGAUGGACAGGAACAGAAUGUGUAUAGCUUUUGUAGAAAUGAUUCCAGACAAUAAGUUUAUCUGGGCAUAUAAUCCUUCUAAAUACCCAGAUGACCAUUAUCUUGCUCAUAUUUGGAAUGAACACUUCAAUUGCUCUUAUUCUGGACCUGAUUGUAAAAUACUGUGUAACUGUCCACUCAAUGUUUCCUUGAAAAUGUUGCCUAGAGAUAUUUGGGAAAUGGACAUGACUGAAGAGAGUUACAAUAUAUAUAAUUCUGUGUAUGCUGUGGCUCACAGUCUCCAUGAGAUGACUAUCAACCAAGUACAAAAUUACCCCCAUGGAAAUGGGGAGGUAAAUACUUACCCUUGGGAGCUUCACCAUUUUCUCAAAAAUACCCAUUUCAAAAAUGCUUCUGGAAACCUUGUAGUUUUGAAGUCACAAAGGAAAUUAGAUACACAAUAUGAUAUUCUCAACUUCUGGAAUUUUCCCCUUGGUCUCAGACAAAAGAUGAAGGUUGGAACAUUUUCUCCAAAAGCCCCACAGGGCCAAGAACUGCUUUUGUCUGAUCAUAUGAUCCAGUGGGCCACAGGAUUUACAGAGCUUCCUCACUCUGUGUGCAGUGAGAGCUGUUUUCCUGGAUUCAGAAAAUCUUCCCAGGAAGGGAGGCCUGCCUGUUGCUAUGAUUGCACUCGAUGACCAGAUAAUGCGAUUUCCAAUGUCACAGGUAAGUUAAAUAUGGAUCAUUGUGUGAGGUGUCCAGAAAGUCACUAUGCAAACACAGAGCAGAGCCACUGCCUCCAGAAAGCAGUGACCUUUUUGUCCCAUGAAGACCCUUUGGGGAUGGCACUCACCUCCUUGGCCCUGGGCUUCUCUGCACUGACAGCUGUUGUUCUUGGUGUCUUGGUGAAGUACCACCACACCCCAUCUAAGGCCAACAAUCGGUCUCUCACUUACAUCCUGCUCAUCACUCUGACCUUCUGUUUUCUCUGUCCCUUGCUCUUCAUUGGCCGUCCCAACACAGCCACCUGUGUCCUGCAGCAGAGCACAUUUGCAGUUCUGUUCACAGUGGCUUUCUCCACAGUCUUGGCCAAAACUGUAACUGUGGUUCUGGCUUUCCAGAUCACAAUUCCAGGGAGACUGAUAAGGUGGAUAAUGAUAUCAAGGGCUCCUAAUUUCAUCAUUCCCAUCUGUACCCUUAUCCAACUUGUGCUCUGUGGAAUUUGGCUAAGCGCCUCCUCCUUUGUUGACUCAGAUGCUCACACUGAACAUGGACACAUAAUUAUUAUAUGCAACAAGGGCAAUUCCACUAUUGCCUUCCACUCUGGUCUGGGAUAAUUCUGCUCUCUGGUACUUGGUAGCUACACCAUGGCUUACCUGUCCAGGAACCUGCCUGACACAUUCAAUGAAGCCAAAUUCUUCUCUUUCAGCAUGUUGGUUUAUUUCAGUGUUUGGGUCACUUCUUUCCUGCCCACCACAGCACCAAGGGGGAAACUUGUGAUGGCCAUGGAAGUCUUUUCCAUCCUGGCUUCCAGUGCAGGCCUCCUAGGUUGCAUCUUUGUCUCCAAGUGCUAUAUUAUUUUGUUUAGACCACAUAGGGAUGUGCCUAAGUAUGUCAAGAACCAAAGACACCUAGAAGAAAAAGUUGAUUAG